AUGUUUACAGCCAACUAUAUUGGACAGCGUGUAAUUGACCACAAUAAUGACGUAUUCAUUGCUGCGUACAAUGUCCAAUGGUAUAAAACUCCUUUACAUAUACAAAAAAUGAUAUUAUUCCUUUUGCAAAGAGGAGAGAAGGAAUUUGCUUUAAAUAUCGGUGGAGUAUUUGAUGCAUCCAUAGAGGGUUUUGCCACGUUAGUGAAGGCCUCCGUAUCUUAUUUUACUGUCAUAUAUUCUACGCGGUAA